AUGUCUUUUGAUCCUGAUGAGGACGAUUUGGAUUUGGCGAUUGCCCGCGAAUUGGGCGCGUCUAGAAACAUCCAACAGCUACAACAGAUGAACACUGCCGAAAAAGAGCUGCAGAAUCAACUUGCAAGCCAUAAAGCCUACAAUAACAAGUGGCAAGCCACUCCUGCUGUAAGAUCAAGGCAAGCAAGAAGAGCCAAGGCCAAGUUACAAGCACUGGAGCAUGGGGUGGCUGAUGAAUGCGUGGCAUUGCCAAAUAGCCUGAAUGACAUGGACUUGGAUGACCAGAUGAGUACAACCACCAACAACAGUGGCAGCACUCAUAGCCUCAACUACGACGCCGACUUUGACAGCAGUAGCUCCGGAAACAUCUGCGAUAAUCGCCAUACUCGCCGACGCCGCUUCAGGAAAAACGUAAAUGGCACGCCGGGGCUAAAUUUCCAGUCAACAGGCGACUCAGAUCAUAGCUUCGCGUGUAGUUCUGACAGCACAGCCGCGGAUUCCGCGCUAUCAAAUUUUAGUACAAUGUACAAACAGAGACACACGGAAUUCUCAGAGCAACCUAACUUACCACCGCUAAACUUAGGACAAGUCACAUUGCCGCCGAUACCUGGUGUAUCCGCCCCAGCGUAUGUCUCACGAGGAAGGACGCUGCGUGCGCAAAGAGCACGCGGCAUGCUGAUGGCCCUCCGAGCCCAGCGUCGUUCCGGCUAUUACUAAAUCGUUUAUUAUCCUCAUAAAUUUUCUGUCGUUUACUAAAUUGUCUAAGAUUCGAUUUGAGAGUUGUUUUCAUUUGUUUCAAUCGCCAGGAAUUGCGAUUUGUUUGUUUUUCUGUCAUUAUUUGCUUUGACAAUCUAAUAUUUUACUUUGAAUAACCGCCAAGAUGAUCAAGCUCUCGUUCUAUGAACUCUUCCUGCGCCUGGUGCAGAAUUAUUUAAUUUACGUAGCUCUGACGAGAUUUUGGAAAAUGGUCUCGCCCUAUUUGAUGGAAUUAUUGGCGCCAGAGAUUGAAGAGCGAAGCGCAGAGAGCGAAAUGGAAAGCGAAAAUGAAUAGACUUUCCACUUCCAAGGGGACACAACCCCUACAAUGCGGGUGGGAAAGAUUAAAGCGUAUUUUUACGAUUUUUUACAUUUUCUACAUGUCUGUAGGAUUUUGAAUAAUGUAUACAGUAAAAUUCAUUUGAGUCCGAUUAGUGUCGCCAUCUAUUAGCAUGCAUUAUUCUUGUUUUUUAAAUGCUUUAAUUUUUGUUUUGAUCACAGUUGCUGCUGUGUAUUGAUAUUUUUGUUUUUUAUAUGUCAAAGAUUAUUUUUCCGAUUUUGGGUAAAAAAAAAAAUGGAAUUAAUACAGCUAAUUACGAGCCUA